CGCGCGCCGCACGCACGCGCGCGCGCGAUUCGCAUCCCCGACCGCGACGCGCGCGAUACGCAUCAUAGUAGCGCCGCGAUGGCGGAGCUGUUGGCGCCGCGUCGACGCGUCGGCGACCGCGGCGCGGAACUGCUGACGCGGACCGCCGCUGGGGAUCACGACAAGCAUCCUCCGCCACCACGCGCGUCGUCGUCGCCGUCCGCGGACGCGACGCCGUCGCCCGAGCGCGUCUCGAAGCGACUGAAGAAGCGCGCGGCCGACGAGAAAGGGUCGUUCUCGGACGACACCGCGGAGAAGCGCGACGACGGCGCGGGCGACGCGACGCGCGCGGAGCUCUUCCCCGCGGACGCGACGACGACGACGACGACGACGCGAGAGAGAGGAAAAAGUAGAGGCGACGACGCCGUUUCUGCUGACUGUGCGCCGUGGGUCGCGCGAUGGCUCGAUAACGUCCGCGCGUCCGGCGGCCCGACGAACGCGCGCGAUUCCAUGAAAACGCUCGGCACGAAGGCGAUCACGGACCCGCCGGACGGGAGCGAGUUCACCACGAACUGGUUCUCGCACGUCACGCCGACGCUGACGCGCGUGUUCGACCACCUCGGGUGGAUCCCUGAUCUGGCGGACGCGGACGCGAGCGAUGAUGAAAAAAACGCGCCCGACGCGUCGUCGUUACGAAACCGCCGUCGUCGUUCGAGCGCGGCGUCGGCGCCUCGACACGUGCUCGAGAUCGGCGCGUGGGAGGGCCGAGGCACGCAGUGGCUUCUCAUGACGUUGUGCCGCAACCGCGGGAGCACGCUGACCGCGGUGGACACGUGGGAGGGCGGCGAGCAGUACGCGGGCGUGGGGCUGGACCUCGACGACGCCGCGCACGCGGGGGAAGUCGUCGAGGCGCGGUUCGACAAAAACGUGUCCAAGGUGACGGGCGUGUCGCCGAACGUGGAGUGUAACCUGAACCCGGUGCGGAAGAGGAAAGGUCGGAGCGUCGCCGCGCUGGCGAAGCUGCGCGUGGAUGUGUUUGAUAAAACGCACGGCGGUGGACCGUUUUUGGGGUACGACGUCGCGUACGUGGACGGGUCGCACUACGCCAGGGACGUCAUGUCGGACGCUUGCGCCGCGUGGAAUAUGCUCAAACGCGGCGGCGUGAUGAUCUUCAAAGACUACGGCUGGGACCUGGUCAUGAGACACCUGCCCGCGACGUCGUGUCCGAGGAUCGCCGUGGACGCGUUCGUGGAUCUGUUCGAGGACGAGCUGCUCGUUUUAGAGCGCGGGUACACGUGCGUAGUGCAGAAGAUCGCGAAUCGAAAGUGAUCGAAUUUUUGGUUUCUGUUGGCAGUUGGUUGUUUUUUUCAAUUCGGGUACAAGUCAAGUGCUGAAUACUCGUCGCGAGAGGCGGGCGGACGUCGCGUCGGUCAGUUUGUCGUAGUUUCGAGGAUAGCGUAAAAGCAGUUUUAUUUUAAAAGUUUUCGUCGUUUCC